CGUUUCUUCGUUUCGAAUGUCCAUUCGAGCAAGGACGCGCCUCGAAUCGACAUGCACUCUCCACGCUGCACUCGCUGGCCAAAGUUGAAGAUGCAAAUCAGUCGACAUCAUGGGUCAAUCGAUAGUAGCAGCGUUACGUAAUAUAGCAUCAUAUAAAAUGAUUCUCCCUGCAGCCUGAGCGCUCCCCUCCAUCUCUCUUUUUCCUUCCCCACCAUCCUUUCUCUCCUCUCCAGACGAUUCACCAUGGUUGCCUCCAGUGUUCUUGGUUUCCCCCGUAUCGGUGCGAACCGUGAGGUUAAGAAGGCUGUUGAAGGCUACUGGGCUGGCAAAUUGUCUGCCGACGAGCUCACUAAAGUCGCUCUCGAGGUCAAAAAGACUAACUGGACCAGCCUCAAGCAGAGGGGUGUCGAUCUCAUCCCCAGUUGUAAUCUUUCUGCAGUGGUGAUUUCUCCCUCUACGAUCAUGUCCUCGAUCACUCUGCUGCGUUCAAUGUCAUCCCCAAGCGUUACCUUGGUCACAACUUGUCCCCUCUCGAUGUGUACUUCGCCAUGGGCCGUGGACGUCAAGCCGAUGGCGUUGACGUUCCCGCAUCUGAGAUGAAGAAGUGGUUCGACUCCAACUACCACUUCGUCGUCCCUGAGUUCUCCGAGGAGACCGACUUCAAGUUGGUCUUCAACAAGGCUCUCGAGGAGUUCACCGAAGCUAAGAACAUUGGUGUCACUACUCGCCCCGUCGUUCUUGGUCCCGUUACUUUCCUUGCCCUCGGCAAGGCCACAAAGGAUGCAAAGGCCGGCUUCCGACCUGUUUCCCUCCUCCCCAAGCUCCUUCCCGUCUACAAGCAAUUGCUUGCUGACCUCAAGGCUGCUGGCGCUGAAUCAGUUCAGAUUGAUGAGCCCAUUCUGGUUCUCGAUGUUGCAGCUACCUACGAGAAGGAGUUCAUUACCGCAUACUCCGAGCUUGCCCCCGUCUCCCCCAAACUUGUCCUUGCCACGUACUAUGGCCGCCUUGACAGUAACCUUACCUUUGUUGCAAAACUUCCCAUCGCCGGCCUUCACAUUGACCUUGACCGUGCUCCCGCUCAGUUGGACCAGGUGAUCGCUGCCGUCAAGCCCUCCAACAUUAUCCUCUCCCUUGGAGUUGUUUCCGGCCGUAACAUCUGGAAAUCUGAUUUCCAGGCCGCUCUUAAGCUCGGCCAGAAAGCUGUCGAGGCUAUCGGUGCUGAGCGUGUCAUCAUUGCCACUUCUUCUUCUCUCCUCCACACCCCUGUCACCCUCGCCGCUGAGAAAAAGUUGACUCCUGAGCAACAGGAUUGGUUCUCUUUCGCCCUCGAGAAGGCAAGCGAGGUUUCUACCAUCGCUUCUGUUCUCUCCGGCUCUCAGGACGCUAAGGUCACUGAGGCUCUUGAGGCUAACAAGGUCUCCAUUGCCAAACGUCGCGAGUUCGAGCGCACUUCUGAUGACGCAGUCAGGAAGCGUGUUGCUGCCAUUACUCCCGAGAUGUUGGAGCGUAAGAGCCCCUUCGCUGUCCGCAAGGAGAUCCAGGUCAAGCAGCUUGGUUUGCCCAAGUUCCCCACCACUACCAUCGGUUCCUUCCCUCAGACCCAAGAGAUCCGUACCGCUCGUGCCAAGCUCGGCAAGAAGGAAAUUACUGAGGAGGAGUACAAGACCUUCAUCAAGAAGGAGAUCGAGAGCGUCGUUCGUAUCCAGGAGAAGAUUGGUCUGGAUUUGCUCGUCCACGGUGAGCCCGAGCGUAACGACAUGGUGCAAUACUUCGGUGAGCGGCUCCACGGCUUCGUCUUCACCCAGAACGGUUGGGUUCAGUCCUAUGGUUCUCGCUAUGUCCGUCCUCCCAUCAUCGUCUCCGACGUCAGCCGCCCUGGUCCCAUUACCGUUGAGUGGAGUAGCUACGCCCAGAGCGUUACCCAGAAGCCCAUGAAGGGUAUGCUUACUGGCCCCGUCACCAUCCUUAACUGGUCGUUCCCUCGUGCCGAUGUCUCUCGUGAGAUUCAGUGCAAGCAGCUUGCACUUGCUCUCCGUGAUGAGGUCGUCGAUCUCGAAAAGGCUGGGAUCAAGGCUGUUCAGGUCGAUGAACCUGCUCUUCGUGAGGGUCUUCCUCUCCGCAAGCCCGACUGGGACGCUUACCUCUCCUGGGCUCUUCCUUCGUUCAAGAUCGCCACUGCUGGUGUUACCGAUGCUCUCCAAACCCACUCCCACUUCUGUUACUCCGACUUUGGUGACAUCUUCCCCUCCAUCCAGGCCCUCGAUGCCGAUGUCAUUUCCAUCGAGGCCUCCAAGAGCGACAUGAAGCUCUUAAGUACCUUCAAGCAGUACGGUUACUCCAACCAGAUCGGUCCUGGUGUCUACGACAUCCACUCUCCUCGUGUUCCCAGCGAACAGGAGAUCAAGGACCGCAUCAAGGCCAUGCUCGAGUUCCUGUCGCCUGACCAGCUCUUCAUCAACCCCGACUGUGGUCUCAAGACCCGUGCCUGGAAGGAGACUGAGGCUUCGUUGAUCAACCUCGUCAACGCUGCUCGCUGGGCCCGUCAGACCUACCAAUAAAUGCAUCGCAUGCCUUGCGCUUCAACAGCGCCCGCGUUACGGUUUAUUUAUCAGAUGGGGGAUGUCGUUGAGGUCUCUCUGGAGUCUUACUUCAUUCUUCUGCUCUGACAAAAGCUCUUGCCGUUGGGGUAAAAAGUUGUUGAACAUUUAUUUGAUUUAUUGUGGGGCCGAGUCGCCGAGAGUUCCUGUGUGGAUGUCGCUUGUUUUGGAACGAGGCAUUGGUGGAUGUGAGGCUCGUUGCUGAGCUGGUUGGUGGAAGUGGACGGAUCUUUGUAGCUAUAGGAUUUCAACAAUCCGCUUUUCGUGCCCUCGCCGGGAUGCUACCGUUGCUGCUUGGAUUUAUGUACAAAUAAAAGUGUACUUUGUCACCAUGAGAACGUCUUGAGAUGC